GCCUGGCGUACGAACGGAGGAGGAAGAGUAGAGGAAGUAGCAUUAAACUUUGAAUCAGGAGUAGGAUGUCUAUUGCUUUCGCGCUCGUCUUCGGCCUUCUGUCUGCCGCCGUGCUAUAAAACUGCUAGUCCUUUUGGGAGCGGAUCUCUAGUCCGAAACAGGGACAGCGUCUACAAGAAAAUGAGUAUGGGGACCUCAUCCAACAACAUGCGAUCUUCUGUAUUAGAGGACGCAGAUGAACAUGCUGCACUGAUGGCAUCUCUGGACGCCUUUUCCGACUCGUCCUCCUCGGACGAGUCUUUGGAUUUUGGUUUCUUAGACCUACGACGUGUCCGCACCGUCCAAAAAAUUCC